AGCCGGAGCGGGAGGAGCCGCCGGGCGGGACGCGAGCGGGGGAUUUCUCCUCGGAGGCCAUGGAGCUUUCAGCCAACGAGCUCAGCAUCUAUGACAAGCUCUCAGAGACCAUUGAUCUGGUGAGGCAGACUGGCCACCAGUGUGGCAUGUCAGAAAAAGCCAUUGAGAAGUUCAUCAAGCAGCUCUUGGAAAGAAACGAACCCCAGAGGGGCCCCCCACGGUACCCUGUCUUAGUGGCUCUCUACAAGGGACUGCUCACCCUGGGCUUGGUGUUGCUGACUGUUUACUUGGUGAUCCAGCCCUACAACCCUCUGCCACCUGAAGCACCACUCUCCAGAGCCCAGGCCUGGGGCUCCCUCGUCGGGCACAUCCGCCUGCUGUCCCUGCCCAUUGCCAAGAAGUACAUGUUGGAGAAAUGCCAGGACUGGUGGGCAGCAGGUUGCAGACAGAACACUUCUGCACUUCCUGCAAACUGCACAGUCUGUUCUGCUGUGAAAAGCCUUCACAUAGUGACAGACUUGAGUGAGCUACCAGAAAAGCUCCAGAGACAUCAGCCUUUUCUAAUCAAGACAGGGCAGCACCUCUCCUAUGAAGAACUGAAGCAUUUUCAGUCCCAGGAUCCAGAACUGGCAAAGGUUAUAAUAGAAGAAAAUUCAGCUGAAUUAUGGAGCUGCCCAUUUUUCUUUCGCAGGAACAAGUCUGUGAAUAGAUCCGGGAUUCUCCAGGAAUUUUUCCCUGACUCCUCUUUGCAGUCCUUCCCCAAGACACUGUCCCUGGAGAGCUGCUUCCUCAUCCGCCACCCAGACUUGGGGAAUAAGAGCUACAGCCUGCACAGCCUCUUUGCUGUUGGGAGUGGGCAGCUCACCCUGACUGUGUCACCUCUGGACACGUGCAGAGGACACUGUGAGGUGUUCAAGGUGGAGUUGGAAGCUGGAGAUUUCGGUUAUGCCAGCACAGAUCACUGGACAAUGAGCUUCAUGGCCAGAGGGACAGAGCCAGCUGUGAUUUGUGAUGGAGCUGCCAGCUAAGGAUGCUGGGGUGGGAAAACAGAGCUGUUCCCAGGACAAGAAGACUUUCAGCUUUGAAGCCAAGGCAACGUCUUGAGAGGAGCGAGCCAGGGCAACUGGGGCAGGCAGCUUUGCCACCCUGCAUGUUUACAGUGUUUAAAAAGGACUAUUUUCCUGACCCUUGAGGUAAUCCUUUGCCUUUCCUCAAAUGUAUUUUGGGAGAAGCUCAAGCUAUUUAUGACCCUCCCUGUCCCCUCAGGUAAGCCCUGGGUUUGCAGCAAAGGGUUUUUUUUCCAGGAGCAGCAGAUGGAUUUCUCAGGAUGAGAUUCACCUUAUGUUCUUUGUGGAUUAUGGCACUUCUGAAACUUCCUGGGGGGUUUGGGAGUGGAUGGGGUGUGUGACAUUUCUGUGUACAUUCCUCCUGAGGAGGAAGCUUUGAGCCUGUGUAGUCAGGCCAGUUCUCUAAAGGGAAUGAAUUGGUGAUGUGUCCCAGCUCUCCCUCACGUCCGCAGCUGUGUGAGCCCUGCAGAGCUGACCUUGGCUCCUGCUCCCUGCCUGGGGAGAGCCUUGAGCCUGAGGGCAGAAACUCUCACCCACUGCGUCCUUCUUGUACCAAAAGAAUCCCUUCAGACCUCCCUGUGUUGUGAUCACCCUUCUGCAGCUCUCUGUCAGCAGGUUGUGAGUGAGUCAAAUGGUAAUUGUGCUUUUCUUCACCUCCACUUCCUUUCCUGCAAAAACACCGACACACGUCUCAGAGGUGCUGGCAGUGGAGGAGUUCUGGAUGGAGCUGGGGCUGGGAGAGGGCAGCUCUGUCCAGCUUUCACCUCAGACACCAAGGGCUGCACAGCCAUUCUCAUCUGCUCCUUGUUUUUGGAGGCACUGCCUGCGUUCCCAGCCCUCGGUACCUCUGGGAGCACCUGAAACCUCCCUCUUCCCUGGCAUAUUUUUGCAUUGACUCCUUCCAGACCUGGAACUCUGUCUUCAGAAUGAACGUUGGUUUUUCCUGGGUCCUUUCCAAGCUGCCUUUGCGUGUUUCCUGCUGCUGGAGCAGCGCUGUCUCCAGUGCCCUGAGAGAGGCUCUGGUUCGGGCUUUGCAGACUGCGGAUGCUCCGGUCCCUUCCAAGUCUGAUCCUUUGGGUCUGAUCCCACUGCUGAAGAUCAUUUACAGAUGUGUCAGGCUGAACUCAUAGGCCAGGGCUGGAGUUCAGGACAUACUCUCUCACACUUGUUAAUAUGGAGUUGGGAGGGGUUUUGGUUGACAGCGAGUUAACUCUGUUCUCAGGAGCAAGAGCCUUUUUCUCUGUAAAUAUUUUAGGUACAUGUAAAAUGACAGAUUGGGAAAAUGUCUGUCCAGCCUUUGUUUUUGAGGAGAAUGGGAGCAAACAUUGUGCUAAUCUGAUUGGGAGUUGAUAAAAGCUGCCAAGUGGGAUGACCACUUCUGGCUCCUGUACAAGAAUAAGGCAGAGGACAGUUCCUGCUCCAAAGAAUUCAGUCUGAGGCCUUGACACUACAAACAUUUCUAUGCAUAACCCUUGUUUUUCUCCUGUCAAAACAAUAAGAACAAGCCCAGCACCUGUGUCAGUCUGUGCAUGGCCCUUGGUGCUGGACACACACCAGAUCUAGUAGAGCCAAAAGGGGAGAGAGAGUCUGGCUCUCUCAGGAUAGAAAAGGACUGAUAUAAUUUGUUACCAAGUAUUAAAGGGAAUUGGACUAAUAGAACUUCCAUUAGUGUUCUCACUGCUUGGAGUGUAUUUCACACUCAUGACACUACAUUCAGUCUUGUACAUGCCAAGACACACACACACACACCACCCCUCUCCCUCCUCUUAAAGCCUGGGUCUUAGUUAAUGGAAAUUUGGGAGUUCAGUGAUGGCAGAAUUAGGGCCUCAUUAGUGACUGUUGCUAUUUACACUUCUGCAGCUUCUCAAAUCAAAUUCAAAGGCUGACCAGGUUACUUCACCUCUUACUGCUUUUGUAUCUGACCCAUUUUUGUAAAGCAUUUGCUCAAAGAUGCUGCUGGAGCCAUUCUUGCUGAGAUUGCGGCGGUUUGGUGACACUGUCACUGCUAAGUGUCCUUGACUGUAACUUGUAAAAGAGCUGCGGAGACAAUUCCCAAGUGUCUGUGAAAUGCCUGGAUUUUGAGAGUCACACUUAAGCCAUUGUGGCUGUCUGGCUCUUUCAGGAAGAAGCAGAGAAAAUGGAUCUAUUUACAUUGUUGUUUGGACUGGGGGGAGGAAGGGGCAGGUUUUUAGCAGAAAUGUUCUCACGUAGUGCUUCUCCCUUUCUUGAAGAGUUGCAGCUGGUUGGACAGGAGCUGGUGAGUCUGGCCUGUUUGCAGAGCAGCCUUCCAAGUGCACUUUAUGGGCUCUGCAUAAGUUUCCAGCUCUGUCUCAGAUACAUUGCAUAUGUCCCUUUGGAGCUUACAUCAUUUGUUUUUAAGCUCUCUGGUAUAUUUUCUCUUCCUCUUCCAAAGGCUGUAAGGAAUUAGCUGCUAAACUGAAACAGGAGGGCAGUUCUCCUGCUGAUAAAGAGUCAAUUUUGGCCCAAGUGCAGAGCCCCAGUCUGCAGCACAGCUUCCAGAGCAGCUCCUGUCUCCAGCUGCCAGAGGAGUGGUGCUCCCACCUUCCACAUCCCAGGGCAGGCAAGGAGCCACGGUGGGAAACCCAGAGGUGAGGCCACAAUGGCAGAAGUGGGAUGGCCAAAGGGAGGUUUUGAUACCUGGUUGUCUUCCACAUCCAGAGCUGCAGCUUCCCAGAGUCCCUGGAAAGGCUGCAGGACUUCCCUGGAGAGGCUGGUGGUGCUGGUGGCCUGCUGAGGUGGGACAGGGCUGUUCCUGCAGCUAUUGAGGUUUCACAGCCAUGAUCAUAUGAAUCUCAAAGGGGGUGUCCCACCAUGGUCUCCCUCACCUCAGCUCCCCUUUUGCACUCUCUGUGCUGGUUUGGACAAUCUCCCACUCUUCCCAGCUCACACAAGUCCCCAGUUAAAACAAUUUAAAAAUCCCUUUGUGUGCUUCAGAGCUCAUUGCCUGUGAGCUGGGAGAUGGAUUCCUCCUCACCCCACAUCCCAAAGGCUGCAAAGCUGCUCUGAAAUCACCCCAGAAAUCGGUACUACCCACGAGCCCAGAGGAGGGGGCACCUCUGCCCUUGCCAGGCUGGAAGGACGGGCUGUCCCCAUCAGCAGGGCAGGAGGAUCGUGGUUUAAAGCUGCUCCCCAAAGCAGGGUCACUGACCAGUGCUGUCAGUCAGUCCUGAACUCAGGGUAACUGAAAGGAGGAGAAGAAAGGAUUAUUAUGAUUUACUGCAGUACCAGGAAAUCAGCGGCCCCCACGGGACCCAACCUGGCAGUUCCUAUUGAUUCUUUUUUUUUUUUUGCUUUCUUUGUUCCUUUUCAUUUUUUUUCCCUGCCCACUGUUAUUGCACACAUUGAUUCCCCUGAGGGGUCUCUUUUGAGUCAGAUUCCCCAUGAGUCUCCAGAGUGCAGCUUCUCCCACCAGGCCUUGUUUUUGGAAUGUUCUGGAGGAGAAGCUGCUUUGUCUGGGCUGGAUCAAAGCACCUCCCUUCCCUCAUGGCCUCCUGGGCUCCAGCAGCAGCAGCAGGAGGUGGGGAGCAGGAGAGCAUCUCAUGGUAGAGAUGUGAGCUCUGUAAUCCCCAGUGUCUCAGAAAAGGGGAUCCUUCUGCCUUGAAACCCUCUUGUUCCCUCCCUGCAGGAGGGAAAUUUCCACACAUCCCAACCCCAGGUCCUCGUUCCUCCCCGCGGCCCCCAAGAAAAUGGAACAUUUCCUGGGGUGAGGCCAUUUUGGUGGGUGCACAAAGAGUUUUUGCUUCCUGCAAACCAAACUUUUCUCCUCUUGGUAAAUUUUAUAGGUAGAACUCGAAAUCCUCCUCUUCAGGAACCUCCUCUUUGUAAAGGGCAGAUUUAGUGUCCUGCUGAGUUAGACAAGGGAGAUGCUGGACUUCCCUUUGCUUUGGAGAUUCAAACAAAUGGCAGGUGAUUUAUUUUUAGCAUUAUCUCCUUGUCUUGGGGAGGGGAGCCACAUUCUAAAGGCUCAGAGGUGCUGGGAAGUAAAGCUAUAUAUGCAUAAAGACUGUUUCAAUGCUGAACACUAAACUUAGUGAUGGAUUAAAAAAAAAAAAAAAGAAUGUGAAUAUGCACUUAAUGCAGAAUUUUAUGGAUGGUCCUAAUUUAAUAUAUUGCAAACUUUGUAAAUACUUGGGAAAAGCUUGUAAAGUAUGUAAAUAAAUGAGAUUUGUAUGUAAGAAGAAUAAAAAAGUUUUUAAUUUUUGCAAUUAAAUACAAGUGUUAAUGA